UCCACCGGUACCACUACCUACCCAGUCUCCCACACCACUGAAGAAGAAUUGACUACUUCUACUUACACUUCCACCGACUCUGAAGGUAAUGUUACCACCGGUACCACUACCUACCCAGUUUCCCACACCAGUGAAGAAGAAUUGACUACUUCUACUUACACUUCCACCGACUCUGAAGGUAAUGUUACCACCGGUACCACUACCUACCCAGUCUCCCACACCACUGAAGAAGAAUUGACUACUUCUACUUACACUUCCACCGACUCUGAAGGUAAUGUUACCACCGGUACUACCACCUACCCAGUCUCCCACACCACUGAAGAAGAAUUGACUACUUCUACUUACACUUCCACCGACUCUGAAGGUAAUGUUACCACCGGUACCACUACCUACCCAGUCUCCCACACCACUGAAGAAGAAUUGACUACUUCUACUUACACUUCCACCGACUCUGAAGGUAAUGUUACCACCGGUACCACUACCUACCCAGUCUCCCACACCACUGAAGAAGAAUUGACUACUUCUACUUACACUUCCACCGACUCUGAAGGUAAUGUUACAACCGGUACCACUACCUACCCAGUCUCCCACACCAGUGAAGAAGAAUUGACUACUUCUACUUACACUUCCACCGACUCUGAAGGUAAUGUUACCACCGGUACCACUACCUACCCAGUCUCCCACACCACUGAAGAAGAAUUGACUACUUCUACUUACACUUCCACCGACUCUGAAGGUAAUGUUACCACCGGUACUACCACCUACCCAGUCUCCCACACCACUGAAGAAGAAUUGACUACUUCUACUUACACUUCCACCGACUCUGAAGGUAAUGUUACCACCGGUACCACUACCUACCCAGUCUCCCACACCACUGAAGAAGAAUUGACUACUUCUACUUACACUUCCACCGACUCUGAAGGUAAUGUUACAACCGGUACCACUACCUACCCAGUCUCCCACACCAGUGAAGAAGAAUUGACUACUUCUACUUACACUUCCACCGACUCUGAAGGUAAUGUUACCACCGGUACCACUACCUACCCAGUCUCCCACACCAGUGAAGAAGAAUUGACUACUUCUACUUACACUUCCACCGACUCUGAAGGUAAUGUUACCACCGGUACCACUACCUACCCAGUCUCCCACACCACUGAAGAAGAAUUGACUACUUCUACUUACACUUCCACCGACUCUGAAGGUAAUGUUACCACCGGUACCACUACCUACCCAGUCUCCCACACCACUGAAGAAGAAUUGACUACUUCUACUUACACUUCCACCGACUCUGAAGGUAAUGUUACCACCGGUACCACUACCUACCCAGUCUCCCACACCACUGAAGAAGAAUUGACUACUUCUACUUACACUUCCACCGACUCUGAAGGUAAUGUUACCACCGGUACCACUACCUACCCAGUCUCCCACACCAGUGAAGAAGAAUUGACUACUUCUACUUACACUUCCACCGACUCUGAAGGUAAUGUUACCACCGGUACCACUACCUACCCAGUCUCCCACACCAGUGAAGAAGAAUUGACUACUUCUACUUACACUUCCACCGACUCUGAAGGUAAUGUUACCACCGGUACCACUACCUACCCAGUCUCCCACACCAGUGAAGAAGAAUUGACUACUUCUACUUACACUUCCACCGAUUCUGAAGGUAAUGUUACCACCGGUACCACUACCUACCCAGUCUCCCACACCAGUGAAGAAGAAUUGACUACUUCUACUUACACUUCCACCGACUCUGAAGGUAAUGUUACCACCGGUACCACUACCUACCCAGUCUCCCACACCAGUGAAGAAGAAUUGACUACUUCUACUUACACUUCCACCGACUCUGAAGGUAAUGUUACCACCGGUACCACUACCUACCCAGUCUCCCACACCACUGAAGAAGAAUUGACUACUUCUACUUACACUUCCACCGACUCUGAAGGUAAUGUUACCACCGGUACCACUACCUACCCAGUCUCCCACACCAGUGAAGAAGAAUUGACUACUUCUACUUACACUUCCACCGAUUCUGAAGGUAAUGUUACCACCGGUACCACUACCUACCCAGUCUCCCACACCACUGAAGAAGAAUUGACUACUUCUACUUACACUUCCACCGACUCUGAAGGUAAUGUUACCACCGGUACCACUACCUACCCAGUUUCCCACACCAGUGAAGAAGAAUUGACUACUUCUACUUACACUUCCACCGACUCUGAAGGUAAUGUUACCACCGGUACCACUACCUACCCAGUCUCCCACACCACUGAAGAAGAAUUGACUACUUCUACUUACACUUCCACCGACUCUGAAGGUAAUGUUACCACCGGUACCACUACCUACCCAGUCUCCCACACCACUGAAGAAGAAUUGACUACUUCUACUUACACUUCCACCGACUCUGAAGGUAAUGUUACCACCGGUACCACUACCUACCCAGUCUCCCACACCACUGAAGAAGAAUUGACUACUUCUACUUACACUUCCACCGACUCUGAAGGUAAUGUUACCACCGGUACCACUACCUACCCAGUCUCCCACACCACUGAAGAAGAAUUGACUACUUCUACUUACACUUCCACCGACUCUGAAGGUAAUGUUACAACCGGUACCACUACCUACCCAGUCUCCCACACCAGUGAAGAAGAAUUGACUACUUCUACUUACACUUCCACCGACUCUGAAGGUAAUGUUACCACCGGUACCACUACCUACCCAGUCUCCCACACCACUGAAGAAGAAUUGACUACUUCUACUUACACUUCCACCGACUCUGAAGGUAAUGUUACCACCGGUACCACUACCUACCCAGUCUCCCACACCACUGAAGAAGAAUUGACUACUUCUACUUACACUUCCACCGACUCUGAAGGUAAUGUUACCACCGGUACCACUACCUACCCAGUCUCCCACACCACUGAAGAAGAAUUGACUACUUCUACUUACACUUCCACCGACUCUGAAGGUAAUGUUACCACCGGUACCACUACCUACCCAGUCUCCCACACCACUGAAGAAGAAUUGACUACUUCUACUUACACUUCCACCGAUUCUGAAGGUAAUGUUACCACCGGUACCACUACCUACCCAGUCUCCCACACCACUGAAGAAGAAUUGACUACUUCUACUUACACUUCCACCGACUCUGAAGGUAAUGUUACCACCGGUACCACUACCUACCCAGUCUCCCACACCAGUGAAGAAGAAUUGACUACUUCUACUUACACUUCCACCGACUCUGAAGGUAAUGUUACCACCGGUACCACUACCUACCCAGUCUCCCACACCAGUGAAGAAGAAUUGACUACUUCUACUUACACUUCCACCGACUCUGAAGGUAAUGUUACCACCGGUACCACUACCUACCCAGUCUCCCACACCACUGAAGAAGAAUUGACUACUUCUACUUACACUUCCACCGACUCUGAAGGUAAUGUUACCACCGGUACCACUACCUACCCAGUCUCCCACACCACUGAAGAAGAAUUGACUACUUCUACUUACACUUCCACCGACUCUGAAGGUAAUGUUACCACCGGUACCACUACCUACCCAGUCUCCCACACCACUGAAGAAGAAUUGACUACUUCUACUUACACUUCCACCGACUCUGAAGGUAAUGUUACCACCGGUACUACCACCUACCCAGUCUCCCACACCACUGAAGAAGAAUUGACUACUUCUACUUACACUUCCACCGACUCUGAAGGUAAUGUUACCACCGGUACCACUACCUACCCAGUCUCCCACACCACUGAAGAAGAAUUGACUACUUCUACUUACACUUCCACCGACUCUGAAGGUAAUGUUACCACCGGUACCACUACCUACCCAGUCUCCCACACCACUGAAGAAGAAUUGACUACUUCUACUUACACUUCCACCGACUCUGAAGGUAAUGUUACCACCGGUACCACUACCUACCCAGUCUCCCACACCAGUGAAGAAGAAUUGACUACUUCUACUUACACUUCCACCGACUCUGAAGGUAAUGUUACCACCGGUACCACUACCUACCCAGUCUCCCACACCACUGAAGAAGAAUUGACCACUUCUACUUACACUUCCACCGACUCUGAAGGUAAUGUUACCACCGGUACCACUACCUACCCAGUCUCCCACACCACUGAAGAAGAAUUGACUACUUCUACUUACACUUCCACCGACUCUGAAGGUAAUGUUACCACCGGUACCACUACCUACCCAGUCUCCCACACCAGUGAAGAAGAAUUGACUACUUCUACUUACACUUCCACCGACUCUGAAGGUAAUGUUACCACCGGUACCACUACCUACCCAGUCUCCCACACCACUGAAGAAGAAUUGACUACUUCUACUUACACUUCCACCGACUCUGAAGGUAAUGUUACCACCGGUACCACUACCUACCCAGUCUCCCACACCACUGAAGAAGAAUUGACUACUUCUACUUACACUUCCACCGACUCUGAAGGUAAUGUUACCACCGGUACCACUACCUACCCAGUCUCCCACACCACUGAAGAAGAAUUGACUACUUCUACUUACACUUCCACCGACUCUGAAGGUAAUGUUACCACCGGUACCACUACCUACCCAGUCUCCCACACCAGUGAAGAAGAAUUGACUACUUCUACUUACACUUCCACCGACUCUGAAGGUAAUGUUACCACCGGUACCACUACCUACCCAGUCUCCCACACCACUGAAGAAGAAUUGACUACUUCUACUUACACUUCCACCGACUCUGAAGGUAAUGUUACCACCGGUACCACUACCUACCCAGUCUCCCACACCACUGAAGAAGAAUUGACUACUUCUACUUACACUUCCACCGACUCUGAAGGUAAUGUUACCACCGGUACCACUACCUACCCAGUCUCCCACACCAGUGAAGAAGAAUUGACUACUUCUACUUACACUUCCACCGACUCUGAAGGUAAUGUUACCACCGGUACCACUACCUACCCAGUCUCCCACACCACUGAAGAAGAAUUGACUACUUCUACUUACACUUCCACCGACUCUGAAGGUAAUGUUACCACCGGUACCACUACCUACCCAGUCUCUCACACCAGUGAAGAAGAAGUCACCACUUCUACUUACACUUCCACCGACUCUGAAGGUAAUGUUACCACCGGUACCACUACCUACCCAGUCUCUCACACUUCUGAAGAAGAAUUGACUACUUCUACUUACACUUCCACCGACUCUGAAGGUAAUGUUACCACCGGUACCACUACCUACCCAGUCUCUCACACUUCUGAAGAAGAAGUCACCACUUCUACUUACACUUCCACCGACUCUGAAGGUAAUGUUACCACUGGUACCACUACCUACCCAGUCUCUCACACCAGUGAAGAAGAAGUCACCACUUCUACUUACACUUCCACCGACUCUGAAGGUAAUGUUACCACCGGUACCACUACCUACCCAGUCUCUCACACCAGUGAAGAAGAAGUCACCACUUCUACUUACACUUCCACCGACUCUGAAGGUAAUGUUACCACCGGUACCACUACCUACCCAGUCUCUCACACCAGUGAAGAAGAAUUGACUACUUCUACUUACACUUCCACCGACUCUGAAGGUAAUGUUACCACCGGUACCACUACCUACCCAGUCUCUCACACCAGUGAAGAAGAAUUGACUACUUCUACUUACACUUCCACCGACUCUGAAGGUAAUGUUACCACCGGUACCACUACCUACCCAGUCUCUCACACCAGUGAAGAAGAAGUCACCACUUCUACUUACACUUCCACCGACUCUGAAGGUAAUGUUACCACCGGUACCACUACCUACCCAGUCUCUCACACCAGUGAAGAAGAAGUCACCACUUCUACUUACACUUCCACCGACUCUGAAGGUAAUGUUACCACCGGUACCACUACCUACCCAGUCUCUCACACCAGUGAAGAAGAAUUGACUACUUCUACUUACACUUCCACCGACUCUGAAGGUAAUGUUACCACCGGUACCACUACCUACCCAGUAUCUCACACUUCUGAAGAAGAAGUCACCACUUCUACUUACACUUCCACCGACUCUGAAGGUAAUGUUACCACCGGUACCACUACCUACCCAGUCUCUCACACCAGUGAAGAAGAAGUCACCACUUCUACUUACACUUCCACUGACUCUGAAGGUAAUGUUACCACCGGUACCACUACCUACCCAGUCUCUCACACCAGUGAAGAAGAAUUGACUACUUCUACUUACACUUCCACCGACUCUGAAGGUAAUGUUACCACCGGUACCACUACCUACCCAGUCUCUCACACCAGUGAAGAAGAAGUCACCACUUCUACUUACACUUCCACCGACUCUGAAGGUAAUGUUACCACCGGUACCACUACCUACCCAGUCUCUCACACCAGUGAAGAAGAAUUGACUACUUCUACUUACACUUCCACCGACUCUGAAGGUAAUGUUACCACUGGUACCACUACCUACCCAGUCUCUCACACCAGUGAAGAAGAAUUGACAACUUCUACUUACAUUUCCACCGACUCUGAAGGUAAUGUUACCACCGGUACCAUUACCUACCCAGUCUCUCACACCAGUGAAGAAGAAUUGACUACUUCUACUUACACUUCCACCGACUCUGAAGGUAAUGUUACCACCGGUACCACUACCUACCCAGUCUCUCACACCAGUGAAGAAGAAGUCACCACUUCUACUUACACUUCCACCGACUCUGAAGGUAAUGUUACCACCGGUACCACUACCUACCCAGUCUCUCACACCAGUGAAGAAGAAGUCACCACUUCUACUUACACUUCCACCGACUCUGAAGGUAAUGUUACCACCGGUACCACUACCUACCCAGUCUCUCACACCAGUGAAGAAGAAGUCACCACUUCUACUUACACUUCCACCGACUCUGAAGGUAAUGUUACCACCGGUACCACUACCUACCCAGUCUCUCACACCAGUGAAGAAGAAUUGACUACUUCUACUUACACUUCCACCGACUCUGAAGGUAAUGUUACCACCGGUACCACUACCUACCCAGUCUCUCACACCAGUGAAGAAGAAUUGACUACUUCUACUUACACUUCCACCGACUCUGAAGGUAAUGUUACCACCGGUACCACUACCUACCCAGUCUCUCACACCAGUGAAGAAGAAUUGACUACUUCUACUUACACUUCCACCGACUCUGAAGGUAAUGUUACCACCGGUACCACUACCUACCCAGUCUCUCACACCAGUGAAGAAGAAGUCACCACUUCUACUUACACUUCCACCGACUCUGAAGGUAAUGUUACCACCGGUACCACUACCUACCCAGUCUCUCACACUUCUGAAGAAGAAGUCACCACUUCUACUUACACUUCCACUGACUCUGAAGGUAAUGUUACCACCGGUACCACUACCUACCCAGUCUCUCACACCAGUGAAGAAGAAUUGACUACUUCUACUUACACUUCCACCGACUCUGAAGGUAAUGUUACCACCGGUACCACUACCUACCCAGUCUCUCACACCAGUGAAGAAGAAUUGACUACUUCUACUUACACUUCCACCGACUCUGAAGGUAAUGUUACCACCGGUACCACUACCUACCCAGUCUCCCACACCAGUGAAGAAGAAGUCACCACUUCUACUUACACUUCCACCGACUCUGAAGGUAAUGUUACCACCGGUACCACUACCUACCCAGUCUCUCACACCAGUGAAGAAGAAUUGACUACUUCUACUUACACUUCCACCGACUCUGAAGGUAAUGUUACCACCGGUACCACCACCUACCCAGUCUCUCACACUUCUGAAGAAGAAUUGACUACUUCUACUUACACUUCCACCGACUCUGAAGGUAAUGUUACCACCGGUACUACUACCUACCCAGUCUCUCACACUUCUGAAGAAGAAGUCACCACUUCUACCUACACUUCCACUGACUCUGAAGGUAAUGUUACCACCGGUACCACCACCUACCCAGUCUCUCACACCAGUGAAGAAGAAGUCACCACUUCUACUUACACUUCCACCGACUCUGAAGGUAAUGUUACCACCGGUACUACUACCUACCCAGUCUCCCACACCAGUGAAGAAGAAUUGACUACUUCUACUUACACUUCCACCGACUCUGAAGGUAAUGUUACCACCGGUACUACUACCUACCCAGUCUCCCACACCAGUGAAGAAGAAUUGACUACUUCUACUUACACUUCCACCGACUCUGAAGGUAAUGUUACCACCGGUACCACCACCUACCCAGUCUCUCACACUUCUGAAGAAGAAGUCACCACUUCUACUUACACUUCCACCGACUCUGAAGGUAAUGUUACCACCGGUACUACUACCUACCCAGUCUCCCACACCAGUGAAGAAGAAUUGACUACUUCUACUUACACUUCCACCGACUCUGAAGGUAAUGUUACCACCGGUACCACCACCUACCCAGUCUCCCACACCAGUGAAGAAGAAUUGACUACUUCUACUUACACUUCCACCGACUCUGAAGGUAAUGUUACCACCGGUACUACUACCUACCCAGUCUCCCACACUUCUGAAGAAGAAGUAACCACUUCUACUUACACUUCCACCGACUCUGAAGGUAAUGUUACCACCGGUACCACCACCUACCCAGUCUCCCACACUUCUGAAGAAGAAGUCACCACUUCUACUUACACUUCCACCGACUCUGAAGGUAAUGUUACCACCGGUACCACCACCUACCCAGUCUCUCACACCAGUGAAGAAGAAUUGACUACUUCUACUUACACUUCCACCGACUCUGAAGGUAAUGUUACCACCGGUACCACCACCUACCCAGUCUCUCACACCAGUGAAGAAGAAUUGGCUACUUCUACCUACACUUCCACCGACUCUGAAGGUAAUGUUACCACCGGUACCACCACCUACCCAGUCUCCCACACCACUGAAGAAGAAUUGACUACUUCUACUUACACUUCCACCGACUCUGAAGGUAAUGUUACCACCGGUACCACUACCUACCCAGUCUCCCACACCACUGAAGAAGAAUUGACUACUUCUACUUACACUUCCACCGACUCUGAAGGUAAUGUUACCACCGGUACCACUACCUACCCAGUCUCCCACACCAGUGAAGAAGAAUUGACUACUUCUACUUACACUUCCACCGACUCUGAAGGUAAUGUUACCACCGGUACCACUACCUACCCAGUCUCCCACACCACUGAAGAAGAAUUGACUACUUCUACUUACACUUCCACCGACUCUGAAGGUAAUGUUACCACCGGUACCACUACCUACCCAGUCUCCCACACCAGUGAAGAAGAAUUGACUACUUCUACUUACACUUCCACCGACUCUGAAGGUAAUGUUACCACCGGUACCACUACCUACCCAGUCUCCCACACCAGUGAAGAAGAAUUGACUACUUCUACUUACACUUCCACCGACUCUGAAGGUAAUGUUACCACCGGUACCACUACCUACCCAGUCUCCCACACCACUGAAGAAGAAUUGACUACUUCUACUUACACUUCCACCGACUCUGAAGGUAAUGUUACCACCGGUACCACUACCUACCCAGUCUCCCACACCACUGAAGAAGAAUUGACUACUUCUACUUACACUUCCACCGACUCUGAAGGUAAUGUUACCACCGGUACCACUACCUACCCAGUCUCCCACACCACUGAAGAAGAAUUGACUACUUCUACUUACACUUCCACCGACUCUGAAGGUAAUGUUACCACCGGUACCACUACCUACCCAGUCUCCCACACCACUGAAGAAGAAUUGACUACUUCUACUUACACUUCCACCGACUCUGAAGGUAAUGUUACCACCGGUACCACUACCUACCCAGUCUCCCACACCACUGAAGAAGAAUUGACUACUUCUACUUACACUUCCACCGACUCUGAAGGUAAUGUUACCACCGGUACCACUACCUACCCAGUCUCCCACACCACUGAAGAAGAAUUGACUACUUCUACUUACACUUCCACCGACUCUGAAGGUAAUGUUACCACCGGUACCACUACCUACCCAGUCUCCCACACCACUGAAGAAGAAUUGACUACUUCUACUUACACUUCCACCGACUCUGAAGGUAAUGUUACCACCGGUACCACUACCUACCCAGUCUCUCACACCAGUGAAGAAGAAUUGACUACUUCUACUUACACUUCCACCGACUCUGAAGGUAAUGUUACCACCGGUACCACUACCUACCCAGUCUCUCACACCAGUGAAGAAGAAUUGACUACUUCUACUUACACUUCCACUGACUCUGAAGGUAAUGUUACCACUGGUACCACUACCUACCCAGUCUCUCACACCAGUGAAGAAGAAGUCACCACUUCUACUUACACUUCCACUGACUCUGAAGGUAAUGUUACCACCGGAACCACUACCUACCCAGUCUCUCACACCAGUGAAGAAGAAUUGACUACUUCUACUUACAUUUCCACCGACUCUGAAGGUAAUGUUACCACCGGUACCACUACCUACCCAGUCUCUCACACCAGUGAAGAAGAAUUGACUACUUCUACUUACACUUCCACUGACUCUGAAGGUAAUGUUACCACCGGUACCACUACCUACCCAGUCUCUCACACCAGUGAAGAAGAAUUGACUACUUCUACUUACACUUCCACCGACUCUGAAGGUAAUGUUACCACCGGUACCACUACCUACCCAGUCUCUCACACUUCUGAAGAAGAAGUCACCACUUCUACUUACACUUCCACCGACUCUGAAGGUAAUGUUACAACCGGUACCACUACCUACCCAGUCUCUCACACCAGUGAAGAAGAAUUGACUACUUCUACUUACACUUCCACCGACUCUGAAGGUAAUGUUACCACCGGAACCACUACCUACCCAGUCUCUCACACCAGUGAAGAAGAAUUGACUACUUCUACUUACACUUCCACCGACUCUGAAGGUAAUGUUACCACCGGUACCACUACCUACCCAGUCUCUCACACCAGUGAAGAAGAAUUGACUACUUCUACUUACACUUCCACCGACUCUGAAGGUAAUGUUACCACCGGUACCACUACCUACCCAGUCUCUCACACCAGUGAAGAAGAAUUGACUACUUCUACUUACACUUCCACCGACUCUGAAGGUAAUGUUACCACCGGUACCACUACCUACCCAGUCUCUCACACUUCUGAAGAAGAAUUGACUACUUCUACUUACACUUCCACCGACUCUGAAGGUAAUGUUACCACCGGUACCACUACCUACCCAGUCUCUCACACCAGUGAAGAAGAAGUCACCACUUCUACUUACACUUCCACCGACUCUGAAGGUAAUGUUACCACCGGUACCACUACCUACCCAGUCUCUCACACCAGUGAAGAAGAAUUGACUACUUCUACUUACACUUCCACCGACUCUGAAGGUAAUGUUACCACCGGUACCACUACCUACCCAGUCUCUCACACCAGUGAAGAAGAAUUGACUACUUCUACUUACACUUCCACCGACUCUGAAGGUAAUGUUACCACCGGUACCACUACCUACCCAGUCUCUCACACCAGUGAAGAAGAAUUGACUACUUCUACUUACACUUCCACCGACUCUGAAGGUAAUGUUACCACCGGUACCACUACCUACCCAGUCUCUCACACUUCUGAAGAAGAAGUCACCACUUCUACUUACACUUCCACCGACUCUGAAGGUAAUGUUACCACCGGUACCACUACCUACCCAGUCUCUCACACCAGUGAAGAAGAAUUGACUACUUCUACUUACACUUCCACCGACUCUGAAGGUAAUGUUACCACCGGUACCACUACCUACCCAGUCUCUCACACUUCUGAAGAAGAAGUCACCACUUCUACUUACACUUCCACCGACUCUGAAGGUAAUGUUACCACCGGUACCACUACCUACCCAGUCUCUCACACCAGUGAAGAAGAAUUGACUACUUCUACUUACACUUCCACUGACUCUGAAGGUAAUGUUACCACCGGUACCACUACCUACCCAGUCUCUCACACCAGUGAAGAAGAAUUGACUACUUCUACUUACACUUCCACUGACUCUGAAGGUAAUGUUACCACCGGUACCACUACCUACCCAGUCUCUCACACCAGUGAAGAAGAAGUCACCACUUCUACUUACACUUCCACCGACUCUGAAGGUAAUGUUACCACCGGUACCACUACCUACCCAGUCUCUCACACCAGUGAAGAAGAAUUGACUACUUCUACUUACACUUCCACCGACUCUGAAGGUAAUGUUACCACCGGUACCACUACCUACCCAGUCUCUCACACCAGUGAAGAAGAAUUGACUACUUCUACUUACACUUCCACCGACUCUGAAGGUAAUGUUACCACCGGUACCACUACCUACCCAGUCUCUCACACCAGUGAAGAAGAAUUGACUACUUCUACUUACACUUCCACCGACUCUGAAGGUAAUGUUACCACCGGUACCACUACCUACCCAGUCUCUCACACUUCUGAAGAAGAAGUCACCACUUCUACUUACACUUCCACCGACUCUGAAGGUAAUGUUACCACCGGUACCACUACCUACCCAGUCUCUCACACCAGUGAAGAAGAAUUGACUACUUCUACUUACACUUCCACCGACUCUGAAGGUAAUGUUACCACCGGUACCACUACCUACCCAGUCUCUCACACCAGUGAAGAAGAAGUCACCACUUCUACUUACACUUCCACCGACUCUGAAGGUAAUGUUACCACCGGUACCACUACCUACCCAGUCUCUCACACCAGUGAAGAAGAAUUGACUACUUCUACUUACACUUCCACCGACUCUGAAGGUAAUGUUACCACCGGUACCACUACCUACCCAGUCUCUCACACCAGUGAAGAAGAAGUCACCACUUCUACUUACACUUCCACUGACUCUGAAGGUAAUGUUACCACCGGUACCACUACCUACCCAGUCUCUCACACCAGUGAAGAAGAAGUCACCACUUCUACUUACACUUCCACCGACUCUGAAGGUAAUGUUACCACCGGUACCACUACCUACCCAGUCUCUCACACCAGUGAAGAAGAAGUCACCACUUCUACUUACACUUCCACCGACUCUGAAGGUAAUGUUACCACUGGUACCACUACCUACCCAGUCUCUCACACCAGUGAAGAAGAAGUGACUACUUCUACUUACACUUCUACCGACUCUGAAGGCAAUGUUACCACCGGUACCACUACCUACCCAGUCUCUCACACCAGUGAAGAAGAAGUCACCACUUCUACUUACACUUCCACCGACUCUGAAGGUAAUGUUACCACCGGUACCACUACCUACCCAGUCUCUCACACCAGUGAAGAAGAAUUGACUACUUCUACUUACACUUCCACUGACUCUGAAGGUAAUGUUACCACCGGUACCACUACCUACCCAGUCUCUCACACCAGUGAAGAAGAAGUCACCACUUCUACUUACACUUCCACCGACUCUGAAGGUAAUGUUACCACUGGUACCACUACCUACCCAGUCUCUCACACUUCUGAAGAAGAAGUCACCACUUCUACUUACACUUCCACCGACUCUGAAGGUAAUGUUACAACCGGUACCACUACCUACCCAGUCUCUCACACCAGUGAAGAAGAAGUCACCACUUCUACUUACACUUCCACCGACUCUGAAGGUAAUGUUACCACCGGUACCACUACCUACCCAGUCUCUCACACCAGUGAAGAAGAAUUGACUACUUCUACUUACACUACCACCGACUCUGAAGGUAAUGUUACCACCGGUACCACUACCUACCCAGUCUCUCACACCAGUGAAGAAGAAUUGACUACUUCUACUUACACUUCCACCGACUCUGAAGGUAAUGUUACCACCGGUACCACUACCUACCCAGUCUCUCACACUUCUGAAGAAGAAUUGACUACUUCUACUUACACUUCCACCGACUCUGAAGGUAAUGUUACCACCGGUACCACUACCUACCCAGUCUCUCACACCAGUGAAGAAGAAUUGACUACUUCUACUUACACUUCCACUGACUCUGAAGGUAAUGUUACCACCGGUACCACUACCUACCCAGUCUCUCACACUUCUGAAGAAGAAUUGACUACUUCUACUUACACUUCCACUGACUCUGAAGGUAAUGUUACCACCGGUACCACUACCUACCCAGUCUCUCACACCAGUGAAGAAGAAGUCACCACUUCUACUUACACUUCUACCGAUUCUGAAGGUAAUGUUACCACCGGUACCACUACCUAC